UAUGAGAGUGUUUCUAAAAAAUAUCACAACAAAGACGUACAAGUUCUGGAAUGGCUUGGUCGAUCGAAUUACGUGUUGGCUAAGACAAAUAAAGACAUAGAGAUGAUGGAAGAGGCACUUCAAUGGACGGAAAAGGCCCUUAAACUCAAUCCGACAAGUAAAUUCAUACUCCAUAACAUUGCUCUGAUCCAACAGGGAAUGGCUCAGAUGAUAAGUGAACUCGACUCGACUCUUUCUUCAGCAACAAUCACUCGUUCUAUUGAGGAUGUCAAGUUGGCUAAUGUCACAUUUACGUAUAUACUUAAUGACAGUUCAAUAAGUAGCGCGUUUGAUGUAGAAUUAUUAAAACAUCGUAUUAGUUUUGGACUUUCGAUUAUUACCUCGCUCGAAGGAAA